AAGUCUCAAGAGGUCGAGAACCUGUACAUAUGGGCGCUACGCGGGUACGAGAAGGCAUGGGGCGCGGAGCACACGUCGACGCUGGACACGGUCAACAAUCUCGGCAUUCUGUACAAGAGCCAAGGCAAGCUAGCGGAGGCGGAGGAGAUGUACUUGCGGGCGCUAGGCGGGUUUGAGAAGGCAUGGGGCGCGGAGCACACGUCGACGCUGGGCACGGUCGACAAUCUCGGCAUUCUGUACAAGAGCCAAGGCAAG